UUUUUUUUACCCUUAUGACAUGGUGAAAGCGUUAUUUAUGGAUAAACAAUGGUUAAAAACUCAAGCGUUUUGUAAACGUUCUGUUGAAUGCACCCAUUUUUAAUAACAACUUGUUGACAUUUGACCGCCCUUGACAUACGUUUGACAUCUUGAAAAUGCCUGCUACUUCACAACAGUUAUCACCUGUUGAAGAACAAGAGAAACUUUUGGACGAUGCGCUCGGUCAAGUCAAAGUUAAUGCAUUUCAAGUGAAACGAUGUCUUGAUAAGGGCAAGCUUAUGGACGCUUUGAAACAUGCCAGCGCAAUGCUUGGCGAAUUACGUACAUCACUAUUAUCACCAAAGAGCUAUUACGAAUUAUACAUGGCCAUAACUGAUGAAUUACGACACAUGGAGUUGUAUUUACUUGAUGAAUUCCAGAAAGGAAGGAAAGUAACAGAUCUCUACGAAUUAGUUCAGUACGCAGGGAAUAUUGUACCUCGACUUUACUUACUCAUCACAGUUGGAUUGGUGUAUAUCAAAUCCAAUUCCGGAUUAAAACGUGACAUUUUAAAUGACCUUGUGGAAAUGUGCCGAGGUGUACAGCAUCCUCUGCGAGGUCUUUUUCUACGUAAUUAUCUAUUGCAAUGUACGCGUAACGUACUGCCCGACUCUCCCGAAAUGGAAAACGAAGACGGCAACGGAAAUGUUCGAGACUCGAUUAAUUUCGUUCUUAUGAAUUUUGCCGAAAUGAAUAAGCUGUGGGUUAGAAUGCAACACCAGGGCCAUUCGAGGGAGAAGCAAAAUCGUGAGAAAGAACGAGAGGAACUGAGAAUUCUUGUUGGCACAAAUUUAGUACGGCUUAGUCAGCUUGAAUCUGUUACGAUGGAGAAGUAUCAGAAAAUUGUGUUACCUGGGAUUUUGGAACAGGUUGUGAGCUGUAAAGACGCAAUCGCCCAAGAAUAUCUGAUGGAGUGUAUCAUACAGGUAUUUCCAGACGAAUUUCACUUACAAACCUUAAAUCCAUUUUUGAAAUCGUGCGCCGAAUUAGAGACGGGUGUUAAUGUGAAAAAUAUUGUCAUUAGCUUAAUGGAGCGUUUGGCAGUGUUUAGUCAACGUUCCGAUGGUGUGGGGAGUGGAAGUGGCGAAGACAAUUUUCCGUCCAACGUUCAGUUAUUCGAGGUGUUCUCAGAUCAAGUUGCGUCAAUUAUCUCAAAUCGGCAAGAUUUACCUGUUGAAGAUAUGGUAUCGCUUCAGGUUGCACUUGUCAAUUUGGCCCAUAAGUGUUAUCCGGAUAGGGUCGAUUAUGUUGACAAAGUUAUGCUUAACAGUACAGAGGUUUUUGCACGGCUAGGCAUGGAACGAUUUGAGGCAAAUUCGUCAGUUGGUAAAGAAUUGCAGAAAUUACUUAGAAUUCCCAUCGAUAAUUACAACAACUUAUUAACCGUACUCAAAUUGCAACAUUACGCAACCCUAAUGGAACAUUUAGAUUAUAACGGAAGAAAGUUACUGAGUAUUUACAUUUUAAAUAACGCGCUAGAGAGUGAAACUGUUAUAUCAUCUCAAGAGCAAGUCGAGCAAGCUCUUAAUUUAGUUUCUACGUUGGUUAGCGAUCAACCUGACCAGCCCAAAAUAGAAGUUGACAUUGAGGAAUUAGCCGAAGAACAGGGCCUAUUGUCUCGGUUUAUUCACCAAUUUAAAUCUACCUCUUCUGACCAGCAGUAUUUGGUACUUUUAUCAGCCAGGAAGAUUUUAGGUGCAGGAGGUGCACUACGCAUUAAGCAUACAUUACCACCAUUGGUGUUUCAAGCUUACCAAUUAGCGCACAAAUAUAAAGAUCUCAAAGAAGAGGAUUCGAUGUGGGAAAAGAAGUGUCAAAAAAUAUUUCAAUUCACACAUUCAACAAUUACAGCUUUAGUAAAGGCGGAGCUGGCAGAAUUGCCAUUACGCCUCUUCCUGCAGGGAGCUCUAGCUAUCAAUCAAAUUGGCUUUGAGAAUCACGAAACUGUGGCCUACGAAUUUUUAUCACAGGCUUUCUCUUUAUACGAGGACGAGAUCUCAGACUCGAAAGCGCAACUGGCUGCGAUCACAUUGAUUGUGGGUACACUUGAACAGAUAAGUUGUUUCAGUGAAGAAAAUGCGGAGCCUUUACGCACCCAAUGUGCGUUAGCCGCAAGUAAGCUGUUGAAGAAACCCGAUCAGUGUCGGGGAGUCGCUACAUGUUCUCAUCUGUUUUGGAGUGGAAAAAGUUUAGCCAGCAAUAGAGAAGAAACUCACGAUGGUAAAAGGGUUGUAGAAUGUUUGAAGAAGGGCUUACGUAUCGCAAAGCAAUGCAUGGAUAUUAGCGUACAAGUUCAGCUUUAUGUGGAGUUAUUAAAUCAUUAUAUAUAUUUUUUUGAGAAAGGUAACGAUCAAAUUUCCGUUCAAGUCUUGAACCAAGUAGUCGGUAAAAUUAAAGAGGAGCUACCGAAUUUGGAAAGUUCCGACGAAACAGAGCAAAUUACUAAACAUUUUAAUAAUACAUUGGAACACGUUAAAUCACGAAUGGAAAGUCCAGAAUCGGAAAACGUUUUAUAUGAGGGUAUCGAAAUUUAGAUUUUUUAUCGUUGUAAUGUAGUACAUACCAUCAUUUUUAUGUAAUUCAAUUGUUUAUAUUCCUAUUGUAUUUAAGCAUUUGUGUUAUAAUUUUAAAUAUAGUUUAGUCUAUUGUUAUUAGUCAGUGUCAAUAAUAUAUUAUGUGUAUCAUUAAUUCUAAUUGCACAUACACUGUACGAAAAUGAGUAUAGCUUUAUUUCACUUAGGCAUUAAGAAAAUUUCAACAGGCCUAUUCCAUAAUUGUUAGAAUCUACAAGAGUAAAAACUAUUAAAACAUAUAAUUUAAUUACCCUUUUUUGCUUUGUUUAUUUAACUGAAAACUUUUAACUAGACAACGCUCUUUAUAUAGCCACAGAUUGAACGAUUUGCCAACAGUUGAAAUUGGAAUUUUAGCAAAUUUUGUACAGUAGAACCCUGAUUAUCCAUGUGUCAUAUUUGCAAAGUCUUUAAUUGUGAACAGUGCAAUUACAAAACGAAAUAUAGGAGAUAAUACGUCAUUCUUUUACACACUCUGCUUUGAAAAUAUCUUGAUAUCAUAUUUUUUAUGUAUGUCUCCAUGUCAGUCGUUCUGCCAGUAUUGAGUAUAAUAAGAUCACGGCUGAAGUAUGUUUAUAUUUCUUUAGUUAUUGAUUUCGGAGGUUACCUCCCCAUCAUCAGACUUAGCUGAAAGGUUUUUAACAUUCAAUAUAAAUAUAUAAAUGUGCAGCUGUGUUCUUAUUACACUCAAAACUUGAUAUCACUUGAUAAGCAUAACUUUAAGCGGCAUAUUCACUUUCAAGGAUGUUACGUCCACUCUGUGCGAUUAGGUAUGCCAGAAAUAGUAAGAAAAAUGUAAAUCGUCAUUUAUUAAAGCACGACACAUCGAAAGGUA